GUGGAUAAAGAAAAACAACAUGACAUACCUAACUCAUUCCUUGCUCUUCUUCUUCUCCUGCUUGUUAAUGCUUCUAUGUGUGUCCAUUGCAGGAAGCAGACAUGCUCACGAUCCAGUUUAUUUAAACCCAUCUGCCUUCUCUCCGGAAGCUUACGAUUUCUUUCACCCAAAAUCAUCACUUCCUGACAAUAAUCCGCCAAGAGACUCGCCUUCUUCGCCAUCACCUUCACCAUCACCUUCAAAGACCUCUAAUGUAGAAGCAGAUACACAAGGAAGUAAAUUUUCAUCAGAAGAGCACAAGAGUCUCAGAGAAGAAGGAAGAGGAGAAACCCUUGGAAUAGUGUUAGGCGUUUCUUUCGCAGCUUUUAUCUUGAUGGGAGCUUACUUUGUGAUCAAGAAACGACGAGCAAAUAUAACCCGCACGAUUGUAAUCCAGUAUAAUGCUUGAAUUAACCAAAAAACAUUAUUUAAAGAUUUGUCAAAUUGCUAUUGGUGUGAUUAUGUAGAAUGGUAUACUAUGUUACCCUGAGGCAAGAGAUCGAGCUCUAAACC